AUGGGCGCAGGCGCAGCCUUGCCGACGCACGGUGACGCACCGGAGUACCUACAGACCGACAGUGACAAGGAGCUACGGCAGAAUUGGCUUUGGGGCGUGCAGCAAUACGCCUCCGCGGACCUCCAGGCCAACAGGAAGGUCGUCCUUGCGGCCGUGCAGCAGAAUGGCUAUGCCUUGCAAUACGCCUCCAAGGACCUCCAGGCCAACAAGGAGGUCGUCCUUGCGGCCGUGCAGCAGGAUGGCAGAGCCUUGCAAUACGCCUCCGCGUACCUCCAGGCCAAAAAGGAGGUCGUCCUUGCGGCCGUGCAGCAGAAUGGCUAUGCCUUGCAAUACGCCUCCGCGGACUUCCAGGCCAACAGGGAGUUCGUCCUGUUUUCCGUGCAGCAGAAUGGCGGCGCCUUGGAAUUCGUCUCCGAGGACCUCCGCAGGGACCGGGCCUUCGUCCUUCAGCUAGUGGAGGCCACCAAGGCCUACUGGCUCUACCACUUCGCCGUGGAGGAGCUCCGAGAGGACGCGGACUUCCGGCAGCAGUGCCGAGAGGCGGCGGGCACUGGCCUGGUUUGGACCUAUUACGACAGCUACAUCAUGUUCCAAGACAUGAGAGAUCGCUUCCCGGCUACCGGGGCAUCCGUGCCGGGAGGAAGAGCCUAUGAACAAGUCAUGUGGAAGUUGGAAAGCUCCGAUCACGGUGGCACUGCCACGGUCUGGUUUGGCGAUACGCUGGUCUGGGGCUUCGCCACGGAGGAGGGGUGGCUGCACCCGGCGGACGAGUGCGGCCGGGACGACGUCCCCGUGCCAGCUGCUGAGGGGCGGCACCCGAUGUGGAGUGGCAAUGUGGAGUCAAGAUCAGCUCGGGAGCUGCCAAAGGUCAACAGCCGGCACCCUUGCUGGUGUUGCCACUGGUUGCGCGAAGUCAAGAGGCAGCACGACGAGGGCAAGGUCAUUUGCUGUGCCGUCUCAAACGUGUACAAGCCGGCGUGGGUGGAUGACUACGGCGCGGGCUCUUCAGAGCUUUCAGACGCCCGCGCCGAAGAGUUCAACCUGGCCAAGGAGACUUUCCGGAAUGGCCGGCCCGAAGGAUGGGGCCAAGGCACGAUCAAGAUCAACAAAGUCAAGUACGCCCGGGAAGCCCCAGUCCAUGAGUGGACGAAGAAGCCGCUGGGCGAGGGCUGCCGUUGGGAGCGGCAGACCCUGGACAAGACAACCCGUGUCUACAACAUUCUUCGAAUGCUGGGUUCGAUAGAGGGUCUCGUAAAGCAAGGCAAGGAAGCCUGGGAUUCGCAUGAGCGCCUUUUCAAAGGGCAGCUGAAGGAGCUUGUCGUUCCAACUGCAGGGAGAAUGGGGCCUUUUUGCGUUGUGCUAGUCGUACCGCUGGCCGGAACCUCGCCUGAACCGGGAGCUUGCUGGGGAACCGUCGAUCUGGGUCCCGCAUGGUUCGUCUUCCCGCAGACAAAAGUGAUGUUCGUUGUCCGAAGACACGAGAUGCCUGCCAGCAACGGCGCCAGAAGACCGCUGCAAUUCAUGAUCGACGUGGUCGGCACUCCCGGAUGGCCCACCUGCCGCGUCCCGAUGUUCUCAGCGGCCUUGGACUUGGGCAGCUGCAUUUGCAUGCGUGUGCGAGCAGCGCAGGUCCGCACUGAUGAUCGCAGCCUCGACCACGCACCGGAGGACCUCCAGGCCGACAAGGAGCUUCCUGGAGCGAAGGACCUCCAGGUGGACAAGGGGUUUGUCUUGCAGGCCGUGCAGCAAGAUGGCUACGCCUUGGAAUAUGCCUCCAAGGACCUCCGGGCCGACAAGGACAUCGUCAUCGUAGCCGUGCAGCAGACUGGCAGGGCCUUGGAAUUCGCCUCCGCGGAGCUCCGCCGCGACCGGGCCUUCGUCCUUCAGCUCGUGGAGGCCACCAAGGCCUACUGGCUCUACCACUUCGCCUCGGAGGAGCUCUCAGAGGACGCGGACUUCCGGCAGCGCUGCCGAGAGGCGGCGGGCACGGGCCUGGUCUGGACCUAUUACGAGAGCUUCAUCAUGUCCCUCGACAUGAGACGGCGCUUCCCGGCUACCGGGGCCUCGAUACCAGGAGGCGCCGCCUAUGGCCAAGUCAUGGACAUGUUGAAGUGCGACAACCACGGUGGCACUGCCACGGUCUGGUUUGGCGAUACCCCGGUGUGGGGCUUCGCCACGGAGGACGGGUGGAUACACCCGCCGGAAGAGUGCGGCCGGGACGACGCCCCCGUGCCAGCUGCUGAGGGGCGGCACCCGAUGUGGAGUGGCAAUGUCGAAUCGAGGUCAGCUCGGCAGCCGCCAGAGAUCAACAGCCGGCACCCUUGCUGGUGUUGCCACUGGCUACGAGAAGUCAAGAGGCAGCACGACGAGGGCAAGGUCAUUUGCUGUGCCGUCUCAAACGUGUUCCACGCGUCCUGGGUGGAUGAGUACGGCGCGGGCUCUUCAGAGCUUUCAGACGCCCGCGCCGAAGAGUUCGACCUGGCCAAGGAGACUUUCCGGAAUGGCCGGCCCGAAGGAUGGGGGCAAGGCAGGAUUAAGAUCCACAACGUUGAGUUGGACCGGGAAGCCCCAGUGCAUGCGUGGACGAAGAAGCCGCUGGGCGAGGGCUGCCGUUGGGAGCGGCAGACCCUGGACAAGUUGAAUUUUCCCGUUUACGCAUUCUUUAUGCCCUGA